AUGUCUAGUAUUUUGGAUUCUGAUGAUGAGAAACAGCCUGGACCAGCUUUUGGACCAGUAUCUUCAGAUUCUUCUGAUGACGAUGUAUCUCCACAAAAAUAUAGAUCCCCUUCAGAUGGUUCUUCAUCUAGUAGUGAUAUUUCAUCAGACGAUGGUAAUCACAUGAAAUCGGAAAACCAUAGACAAUUGAAUUCAUCUGAUGAAGAAGAUGAAGAAGAUUUUUCUCGACAAAAUGAGGAAAUAAAGCCAACAAAUCAAGAAACAAAUAAACACGUUAUGCCAGAGUUAUCUUCAUCUUCGGACGAUGAUUCUGACGGAGAUGAUAAUAAUGCAAAUGCUGGGAACAAUCAACCAACUGGUAUAAUUCUUCAUCCAGACAGUGAUGAAGACAAAUCUGAAGAUGAUUUUGAUGGAAAAGAAAAAGAAGCUGAGACUAUUUCUGUUUUCCGUCCUCAUACUACUAUUUCAAAUACCAAAGUUUCUCUUCUAAAACUUCCUCAAUAUGUUCGAAUUGAUGCUAAGCCAUUUCACAAGGAUUAUUUCGAUGACAGAGAUUUUGUUGGAAAUGAUGCUCUUGUUGGAAAAAUAAGCACAGAAAAUGUAAUACGUUGGAAAUAUGAAAAUGGUGAUUCAUGUGGAAAAAAAAUAUCUAAUGCCAAAAUUGUUAGAUGGUCUGAUGGUACAACUAGUUUAAGAAUUGGAAAGAAAUUUUUUGAUGUUGUUGUACAGAAAGAAAGUGGCGCUAAUCAUUGUUUUAUGAGAUUAUCAUCUUACUUAUUUGGUCAAGCUGCCUUCAAAGAUAAAGUUACUUUUAGAACUUUAGAAAAGAAUAUUCCUGUAAUUAGUAGAAACAAAGGACGAAAUAAACCACAAACUGUUAAGAUUCUUCAAGAAGAUGAGAUUCGAGUAAAUCCAGAGGUCGAACAAGCUAAACUUAAAAAGAUUGAAGAAGAAAAAUUACGUGCAGCUCAAAGAAGAGAAAAUCAGCAACGUCGUAUUCGUGAAAAACCUCGUUAUACUGGAUUAAGUUCUAAGUUCUUAGAACGUAAUGGAGAAUCAUUAAAUGCUAUAAAGAAUAGAUAUGCUCAAGGAAAUUAUAGUAGUAGUGAGGAUGAAUCUGAUGAUGAUUACUAUGGUGGAACACGUAAGUUAGAGUCAGAUGAUGAAGAAGAAGAUACUUCUGGCAAAAACAAAAAGGAUCUCAAGAAGAAGAAAGUUGUUAUAGAAGAUGAUGAGGAUUAG